UCAGCAGUUUUGAUCGUGUCGGGGACUACGGGUAGCUUUGUGCAGUCAUCCAGGUUUUCUAUAUAGCUCCUCCUCAGUGCAUACCUCUACGGCCUUGUCCUCAGUUGCAGGCGUCCCUUCCAACUUCCCCUCGUCCGUAGAUAGUCGAGACGUUGACAUAGCCGGGCACGCGAUCAGUAUCCAUUCAAAUGGAAUACAAGCCAGCUGUUCUCAUCGUCGGAGCCGGGCCUACCGGUCUAGUGCUCGCUCUUUCGCUGCUCAAGAAUGGUGUCCCUAUCCGUAUCAUCGAGAAAUCGAGUGUUCCUCACGGCGGCGCCCGAGGCACAGCUAUACAGCCUCGUACCUUAGAAUUGUUGGCGUUUCUGGGGGCUGUAAACGAUGUAUUCGCGAUCUCUACCCCGCCACUCCUGAUGGCUACACAUGGGACCGGUCAGGAAGUCUUGAAGAUCACAAGAUGGGAGCAAGAUGCCGGGCCGUCCCCUCACAUUCCCUAUCCCCGGGUCGCCUCUUCUUGCCAGGCCGAGUUCGAGAAGGUCCUAAGGAAGCACAUCGAGAAGCUGGGCGCGAAGGUAGAAUAUGGGGUGGAACUCACGACGUUUGAGCAGCACGCCCAUGGAGUGGUAGCGCAUCUUCGGGUUUCGUCCAAAUCUGGCGACGCUACAUCUGAAGAAACAGUUGAGUGCGCAUACAUGGUUGGUGGAGAUGGUGCGAAAGGGCACAUCCGGAAAAGUCUUGGCCUGUCUUUUCUGGGCGAGACCAAGGAAGCGGAACGCAUGUUCACGGCAAAUGUAGACGUUGACGGUCUUGACGGAGAGUACUGGCACACGUGGGGGACAUUCAACACAGCGGGAUUCGCGCUGAAGCCUCUUAAGCCGGCUCCCCUAUUCCAGGUUCAAGCAUUGGGUCCCGAUCUGCCUGACACCUUUCCCACAGAUACUGAGGGUAUCCAGCGACUGUUCGAAUCGAUUAGCGGUAGUCAGGAUAUCGCCUUGUCUAACGCCGCUUGGGUCUCGACGUGGAAGGCGAACAUUCGGAUGGCAAAUACUUUCAGCGUCGGAAGAGUCUUCUUGGCUGGAGACAGCGCACACUGCCAUUCGCCAGCAGGCGGUCAAGGCGCGAACACCGCCAUGCAGGAUGCGUUCAAUCUGGCCUGGAAGCUCGCGCUUGUCAUCCGCGGGCUUGCUUCGCCUGCUCUUCUCAGAACCUAUGAUGCUGAGCGUGUGCCAGUUGUGGCGGAGAUGCUCAGUUUGUCCACGGAGCUUCAUUCUCUCGCCUUCAACCGGCCCCGCGCCUCGGCUGUCGACGCAGGCGAAGAGAUUAGCAACGACAAAGCUAUGUUCCGUCCUAGGAAACUGCUUCAGCUCGGAAUCAACUACCGAUGGUCGCCCAUCGUCCUGGAAGCCCGCGCGGGCGAAGAUGAUGCAUCAGCGAACGAUCCGUAUGGGCAGGAGACGUCAAAACUACGUGCUGGCGACCGUGCACCGGAUGCGACGCCGCUCAUCGAUGCGGACAAUACUUCGACUGGAGUCAUUACAUUGCACUCGACUUUCUCCGUCGAGCACCAUACAAUUAUCGCCUUCCCGUCCGCCGCAGAUACGCUCGCAAUCCUCGAACCUUUGACAAAGCAUGUUGACGUAGGACUGGCAAGAAUUUCCGUCGUUCAUCGGAAUGUGCCGGGCAGGGAGAUGCGAAUCAAAGGUUCGCGAGCCCUCGUCGAUGUCGAAGGGACGGCCCAUGCUGGUUAUGACGUGCACGGCGAUGGACUCUCCUUCGUGGUGAUCAGACCGGACGGCAUCAUCGGAGCGUAUACGCAUGGCAUGGCUGGUAUUGACCGUUACUUCGCGGCAUUGCAGGGGUUCGCUGCUUGCCAGUGAAAGUUGACAAGAACUUAGCACGAGCGGGUAGUGUAGAGAGGUCUACGUCAUAUGGAGAAUUCAGAGUAUACACCGUC